AAAAGCUGGGGGCGUUCGACUGAGUCUCACCGAAGCCAUGGUGAGCAAUGCUCAAACCUAAGGCUAGGGACAAGUAAAUGUAUUAAUGAGGGCAGGCUGUGCGCACUGGUCCGUGCACAGCUGGUCCAUGCACAGCAUGCUGAUGCAGCCCCGGGGGCCGUAGAUAACGACGCGUCCAUAUCGGGCAUGUAG